AUGCUGCUGAAAAAGUUGCCGGUUUUUGUCGGUACGGAGUUUUUGACCGACGCGCAUCUGGCCAUAAUGACUUCAGGAGGUGUUUCUAUACCGCUAGAAAUGGAAAGCAGGUGCAAAGAACUUCAUCCUAACCAUCGGGUACCGUACGUUCUUUCACGUCUGGCGGCUUCUUCUGCCCUAUCGACUGUUCUGGGAAAACCUAUUACCUUUUCCGGUAGUCGUCACGAUGCAGAACAGUACGAUGCAAAUCUCUCCCUUUCUCACGAAGACUUUGUUGGGGCUGCAGUGGCUUGGCGGAAGGGAACGUCAAAUGCCAUUGGUAUUGACGUGGUUGAUGUGCAGCAGCUUGAACGCGUUGUAAAGCGCUUCCCGCAGUUUGCUGCGCGUUUCAUGCCUCGCUGCGAUCUCAGCGCUCUGAGUUCCGUUGAUGCGUGUAAUAUUGAGCGAACUUUCCGUGGUCACGCCGACCAGGUUACUGUUACGUUGUCUCAGCACUGGGGUUUGCGUGAAUGUUGUGUCAAACUUGUUGGCGUUGAGGGCCGCACGUUUCCUUUUGAGUGUUUCCGUGGUCCUCGUGCUUAUUUUCCCGACCGUUUCAAGGCACAAGUGGUGGAGGAAGGCUCUGAUGCUUUGCGGGCUGCAGGCUUGAAUUCCAGUCUAUUUGUCUCAACUUGGCCCGAGCUUUUGAAACUACCCUCCGGGGAUGUUAAACCAUAUAUCGUAGUCGUGGCUGCGUGCCCCCGUAAGAGUGCCGUUUAA